AUGGCUCUUCCAACCAACACCUCCACCAUCGUCCAAAACCCCGACCCGCCCCAAACCCACGAUCCAAACCCAGCAAAGCCCGCUCCUCCCACCGCCGCCGCCGCCGACCUCGAAGCCGCCGACGUCGUCGUCCCCUUCGACUACUCCAAGCGGGCCCAGUGGCUCCGGGCCGCGGUCCUCGGGGCCAACGACGGCCUCCUCUCCACGUCAUCCCUCAUGACGGGGAUCGGGGCCGUCCACAGGGACUCCCGGACCAUGCUCGUCGCCGGCCUGGCCGGCCUGGUCGCCGGCGCCUGCAGCAUGGCCACGGGCGAGUUCGUCUCGGUCUGCUCCCAGCGCGACAUCCAGCUGGCACAGCUCGACAGGGAGCUCCGGGCCUCGGCCCUGUCGCGGGCCCAGUACGAGGAGAGGAAGAGGAGGGAGGUUCCGGGCCCGGCCCAGGCCGCGCUCGCGUCGGCCCUGGCGUUCGCCGUGGGGGCCCUGGUGCCGCUGCUCGGGGCCGCGUUUGUGGAGCCGUACGGGUUGAGGAUCGGGCUGGUGGUCGGGUCGGCCAGCCUGGCGCUGGUUGGGUUCGGGUGGCUGGGCGCGGUUCUGGGUGGAUCGCCCGUGGUUCGGUCGUCGGUCAGGGUUUUGGUUGGUGGGUGGUUCGCUAUGGCGGUUACUUACGGGGUUAUCAAGGGUGUUGGUACUACCACUGCUGGGAUUUAG